AUGACAAAAAAGAAUAUACUUGCUAGCUGGGCAAAGACCGGCCUGUUACCGUUCAACCCUUCGAGGGUUCUUCGUGAUAUCGUAAAGCUAGACGCUCCACUGACCAUUCAGGUACCCGAAGUCCAAAGCACACAGAAUGGAGUAAUUCAGACGCCAGUGACACCCGUGUCAUCGGAAGCCGUAACACAACUACUGAGCCUCAUUAAGCAAGAUUCUCAUAGUAACAAGCCAAACAAAAUGCGUCAUCACAAACUGAUUCAGAAGCUGCCAACGCCACCAAAAGAUUUAUUGCGCAACAAAUCAGAUAUACUGAAGAAGCCCGGAAAGAACGGCGAAGGACAGGUGAUGAUACAGGAAGAUCUUGAAGCAAUUCGGGCAGACCGUGCAGAACGUGUUAAGCAAGAUGCUGCCAAGAAGGCUGUAAGUAAAGCAAAGCGCGGCCGACCAAAGGCAACGACGCAGGCAGAUGGAGGCGAGGAAGGGAAAAAACGUGGUCGGAAGCGUAAACGUGUCGCGGCCGAAGAAGGUGUUCCAGAUGAGCAAGAAGUAGGCGUGUCGGGACCAUCAACCAAAGCAGCACGAGCAAGCGAUGCGCUCAUUGAUCCGAUGCCGGAAACGUGGAGAGCACCUAUGGACAUGUCGAUGACGGAAACAUUUUGCUGUGAUGCGCCGUGUUAUCUCGAGUGUAUCCUUCGGAUUGCACAACUGCACUACAAUUCUAGCGUGACUGAGGAAGUCCAGUAUGGAGUGAUGGUUUGGCCAGCGUCGCAAGACACUUUUCCUUUGGCGUUAGACUACCGAUCCCUUCUAAGAGCGAAGAUCGUCGUGCUGAACAUGAAGGAAGACAUUGCCCUGGAGCACGCUGCGAAAAAGGCCGGUCGCAUUCUUCUAGAAUGGAUAUCGUCGAGCGACUAUCCCGCUCAGCAAUCGGACAUCAUAAAGCGCAGGCAGGAAGGGACAGGCCAGUGGUUCCUAGACGCACCUGAAGUGGCACGAUGGCUUGACGACGCCAAGACCACCCUCUUCUACCCAGGAAUCCUAGGUGCUGGCAAGACCAUGGUAGCGGCUAUCGCAGUCGAUCAGCUUCUAGAUUCAGCGCAAAACGAUGCGUACGAAGACAUUGUUAGCAUAUUAGCAGCCAUCCUCAAGCAGCUAGUUCAGAGCCGACCAUCAACGCUGGGUCCUGUGGAAAAGUUACAUCAGAAACACGCCGGCCGCGGAACGAAGCCAUCACUCGAUGAUAUAUACAGCGCUCUUCGAGACAUGCUCGCACAGUAUCCGUACGUUCAUAUAGUCUGUGGUACUGCUGCUACCGCCGCUGCUGCUGCUACAAUGGUCCCGCAGCACGUUUUUGAGUUCCUGGAUCUGAGCUUCGAGCUCAACUGA